AUGCAAUCUGAAUGUAUAUUCUUGAAGAAAGUUUAUCCGAAUGAACUUAAAAAAAAUGAAUAUCAUGUAAAGAGACAAGACAGUUUGACAAUAGAAUUCCUUUUAAGAAUUUUCACUAACAAUUUAAAAACUGAAGAAGACUAUGAAAAAAUAAUUGAUAAAAAAUGUCUUAUAUUUAUGGAAGAAAGCAAUAAAUUUAGAAUAAAUAUGCAAUUACAUUAA